CUCCAUCCACUCCAGUGGGUGGGGUGGUCUGCAGAAAGGAAUCUCUGCAGAGAUAAUGGAAUGGGUUUAAGAAAAAGUAGGAUGGAUUGCAGGUGAAGCAAUUCGCUUUUCUGCGUCUCCGACUGUCCGUCGUGGGCGGCCUCACUUUUGUUUCUUCACUAAAUAAAGAAGACCACUAACCCCCUUUUUACACCUCAUCCUUCCCCUUCGCCCUUCCUUGAUCAUGUGACCGCACUCCUCGGCCAUGGCUACCAGAAAGCUCGUCGUCGAGAUCAUAGACGCGCAGCAGCUCCUUCCCAAAGACGGCACCGGCACGUCCAGCCCCUACGUCGUCGCCGAUUUCGAUGGCCAGCGCAAGAAGACGCGGACGGUUCACAGAGACUUGAACCCCAAGUGGAACGAGGUGCUCGAGUUCCAUGUGUCCCGUCCGAAGAACAUGGCCGGAGAAGUCCUAGAGAUCGACGUUUACCACGACAAGCACCUCGGACCGACGCGGCGCAACAAUUUCCUCGGCCGUCUCCGCCUGGACUCCGGCCAGUUUGUGAGGAAAGGGGAGGAAGCUCUUAUCUAUUACCCCUUGGAGAGGAAGAGCCUCCUGAAUUGGGUGCAGGGCGAAAUCGGAUUGAAGAUUUAUUACGUCGACGAGCCGAUCCCGGCACCGGUCGAAGAACAACCACCACCACCACCACCGGCGGAGGAGCAGCAACCACCUCCACCAGCAUCGGCUGAAGAGCAAUCAGCAGCACCACCACCACCACCACUACAAGCUGAAGCGCCGCCUCCGCCUGAACCACCAUUGCCAGAAUCGGCAUCGGAAAACCCUCCCGGACCGCAAUCACCACCUGAAACCAAUCCGGCGCCAGAAAACCCUCCGCCGCCGCCGCCGCCGGAGACCGCCACCCAACAACCAACAGCAAAUGCGUCGGCGGACCCACCGCCAGAACCAAUACCUGGGGAAAAUGCUCCAACAAACUACGGAAGGGAAAGCAACACGUCCGCUAUACCCAUGCAGUAUGGUCCCCAUCUCAGGCAGAGGAUCUUCACGCCGGCGACGCCGGACGUCUAUCCCCGGGAGAUCGCGACGUCAUAUACGGAUGGGGGUCAACGGGAACGUUCCUCGUUCGACCUCGUGGACAAGAUGGAGUACCUCUUCGUCCGAGUCGUCAAGGCGCGGUGUCUCGGCGAUCCACAGCCCGCAGCUCCCUUCGUGAAAAUAGAAGUCUCGGGCCGAACCGCCCGCUGUGGACCGGCUCGGAAAAUGGCGACCUGCGAGUGGGAAGAGACAUUCGCCUUCGGCCGGGAGAUCGCCGCCUCAGCUUCCACCCUGGAAGUCUCCGUCUGGGACUCACCGGAAUCCAGCAACAGUGAGGGAUCGGCACCGGAAGUCUUCCUCGGUGGGGUUUGUUUUGACCUACUGGAGAUCCCGACUCGCGUGCCGCCCGACAGCCCGUUGGCUCCACAAUGGUAUCGACUCGAGGGAGGUGAGUCGCCGACCGGGGUCUCAGGAGACGUGAUGCUCGCCGUCUGGUUCGGGACGCAGGCAGACGAGUCGUUCCCGGAGGCAUGGUAUUCGGACACAGCCGUCGGCGCUAGCUGCCGGUCGAAGGUCUACAUCUCACCGAAGCUCUGGUACCUUCGCACCACCGUCAUCGAGGCACAGGACCUACCUCACGGCACCGGAAUCUGCGUCCGAGCGCAGCUUGGGUUCCAAAUCCUGAAGACUCGAAAAUCAACCACCCGGAACGGCUCGCUCUCCUGGAACGAGGAUCUCGUCUUAGUCGCGGCCGAGCCGUUCGAGGAGCAGCUCGCCCUCACGGUGGAAAGCUUCGCCGGCAAGGACUCGUCGGUGCUCGGCCAGGUCUUAGUGCCGCUAACCGGGAUCGAGCGACGGGUCGACAAUCGGUUGGUGGCAUCUCGGUGGCUCGACGUGGGCGAGUCGGGCCAGGCAGGGACGUACCAGGGUCGACUCCACGUCCGUCUCUGCUUCGACGGAGGCUACCACGUGAUGGACGAGUGGACCCACCUGAGCAGCGACUUCCGGCCCACGGCGAAGCAGCUCUGGCGUCCGGCCGUCGGAAAAUUGGAACUCGGCAUUCUCGGCGGCCGGAACCUUCUCCCCAUGAAGACCAAAAACGGAAAGGGGUCCACCGAUGCCUACUGCGUAGCUAAGUAUGGCGAAAAAUGGGUUCGGACCCGAACCAUGACCGACAGUUUAAAUCCGGUCUGGAAUGAGCAAUACACGUGGCAGGUGUACGACCCAUGCACGACCCUUACCGUAUCAGUGUUCGACAACUGGCAGAUCUAUGCUGACGUGGCCGAGCCAGAGAAGCGGGUCAAGCCAGAAUGUCGGAUCGGGAAAGUCCGGAUCCGAGUAUCGGCUUUGGAGAGUGGGAAGGUGUACAAAAACUCUUACCCUCUGAUGCUUCUACUGCCACCUGGCUUGAAGCGAAUGGGUGAGCUUGAUCUUGCAGUUCGCUUCUCCCGCAUCUCGGAGCUCGAGGUUUUGCACGCUUAUGUGCAACCGCUUCUCCCGCCGAUGCAUUACACCCGUCCGAUGGGCAUCACGCAGCAGGAGGCGCUCCGCAACGUGGCGGCGCGGAUCGUCGCGCAGAGGCUGGCGCGGGCGGAGCCGCCGCUGAGGCGGGAGGCGGUGCUCUACAUGCUGGAGGCGGACGCGCACGCUUGGAGUAUCCGGCGCACGCGGGCGAACUGGUACCGGAUUGUGAACGUGCUGUCUCCGGCGGUGGACGUCCUGAGGUGGACGGACGACGUCCGCCGGUGGAGGAACCCGGCGACCUCGAUGCUCGUGCAUUUCCUCGCGGUGCUGCUCGUCUGUUUCCCGGAGCUCAUCGUCCCCACGCUCUUCUGUUACGUAUUCUUCCUGGGAACGUGGAACUACAAGUACAAGCCGCGAUCCCCUCCCCAGAUCGACGCCAAGCUCUCGCUGGCGGACGUGGCCGAGGGCGACGACCUCGACGAGGAGUUCGACCCGAUACCGUCGGUCCGGCCGCCGGAGGUAGUCCGCGCACGGUACGAUCGGCUGCGGCUGCUAGCGGCGCGAGUGCAGACGGUGUUGGGGGACCUGGCGGCGCAAGGGGAGCGGGUGCAGGCGCUGGUGUGCUGGCGGGACCCGCGAGCGACGGGAAUAUUCUUGGGGAUGUGCUUCUUGGCUGCGGCGGUGCUGUACCUGGUGCCGCUGAAGGUGGUGGCGAUCGCCUUCGUCUUCUACUGUCUCCGGCACCCGAUGUUUCGGGACCCCAUGCCGGCUCCCGUGCUCAGCUUCCUUCGCCGGCUUCCUUCCCUUUCCGAGCGAGUCGUCUGAUCGAUCGAUGGGAGAAAAGACAAGACAAAAAGGGGGGGGGGGGGAAAAAAAACCUCAGGGUUUGUGAUUCUGAUCACAUAUCGAAUACAUGUAAUUAAAAACAAAGUUCUUCUGAACAUUUUUGUAAGAAUAAGUAAAUUCUUGGUCUUCUCA